AAGGGACUUUUAGUUGUUCUGUUGAUCACAUCAGGAAGGUGUUUUCUUGCCUAGGCCUGUCACGAUAAGAACUGUUUGGAAAGGUGUGUUCAGUUGUGAGAACAGGAGGUUAGGGGAGGAGAGUAUCUGACAGAAUAUAAGUCACCUCACAACAUCACAUUCCAUCAGACUUGAAGCUCCUGCUGGAAGUCAGAAGACCCUCACACAACUCUGCUGAUCUACACAACUUCACCAGGUUGGAGAAAUGGCCUCAAAUCUCAUGGAGGUUGCUGCUCUGGGACGACCUUUCACCCUAGGGAUGCUCUAUGAUGCUCGGAGUGACAAACUGGUCCCAGGUCUCACAUUGUGGAAUGAGGAAACUCUAAAAGUAAAACAAACCCCUCAGCCCAGCAGUUCUUUUGUAGUCUCUGCAUCUGACUCCACUCACUCAAAGUCCACUCUGCUGGACAUUGAAGCUUCUCUGAAGCUCAGUUUCCUGUGUGGACUGAUAGAAGUUGGAGGAUCUGCCAAAUAUUUGAAUGAUGAGAAGAAAUUCAAGAAUCAGAGCAGAGUGACCUUGCAGUACAAAGCUACCACCAAGUUCAAGGAGUUGUCAAUUGAUCAUGUGACCCUGGACACCAAACAGAUGAAGGUUAUUGAGAAGGGCUCAGCGACUCAUGUAGUCACAGCCAUCACGUAUGGGGCAAAUGCUUUCUUUGUGUUUGACAGUGAGAAGUUAGAAGCCAGCCAGGUUCAGGAGAUAGAGGGCAGCAUGCACACUGUGAUAAACAAGAUUCCUACAUGUGAUGUUCAGGGGAAAGUUGACAUCAAGCUGACUGCUGAAGAGAAAGCCCUGACUAACAACUUCUCCUGCAAAUUCCACGGAGACUUCAUUCUCAAAAGCAACCCAGCUACCUUUCAAGAUGCAGUGCAGACCUACUCACAACUUCCACAGCUACUGGGAACAAAGGGAGAGAAUUCGGUCCCAGUGAAGGUCUGGCUGAUGCCACUGAAGAGAUUAGAUCCCAAAGCUGGUGAGCUGAUGACAGAGAUCAGCGAUGGACUAGUGGGGAAAGCCCAAGAUGCUCUGGAAGAUUUAAAGGAAACACAAAUGAGAUGCAAAGAUUCUCUGGAAGACAAAGUGGUAGAGAGUUUCCCUGUGCUUCACAAAGAGUUGAGCACUUUCCUCAAACUGUGUGGUGAUUAUAAAACCAACAUCCAGCAAGCCAUGGCAGAGAAACUUCCCUCCAUCCGAGCAGGAAAGGAAGAUGAGAGCUCACUGGAAAAAGUCUUUGAAGACGGACCCGAGUCACCCUUCAGCCAUGAAGAACUAAACAAGUGGCUGGAAAACAAAGAGAGAGAAGUCAACCUCAUCAAGUCCUGUGUCGACACCAUGGAGGGAGUAAAGAUCGUCCUGAACCAGACCGAGCUGGACAGAGAGGUCCUUGCUUCAGGUGUAGAGGAUGUUCUGUGCUUUGUUUUCACCUCCAUGCUAAAGGGUGAUAGCUACCUUGAUGAGAUGGCUGACUUCUUGGAAUCAACCAAGUUAGGAAGUACCCAUGAAGACCAGUGGUACUACUCCGAUGAUGUUCUGAACACAAUGAGAGAAAAAGCCAAAAUGUUCCAGGUUGCUUCCAAAGCGCUGAAGAACAACAGCAAAUUCCGUUUCCUCAUAAUGGCCAAAACCAAUGAAAACUACAAAGGAGCAACCAUCUACCACUACAAGAAAGGCCGGCUGGUCACUGAAGACUUUCAAAAGCCUUCUUCUGUGGAGACCAUCACAGACAAGAGAGAUCUGAUCUGGUAUGCCUGUGAUCUCAACCUGGACCCAAACACUGCCAGCGGCUAUCUCACUCUGUCUGUCGGAAACAAGAAGGCAACGUGUGGAGCAUGGCAGGAUUAUCCUUCUCAUCCAGAGAGGUAUGGAACAGAGCCACAGGUGUUGUGCAAAGAGAAGUUAUCUGAGUGCCAUUACUGGGAGGUAGAGUGGAGUACCGGUACCGAGGAGUCUGUUUAUGGAGCUGUUGCAUACAAGGGAGCUGACAGAAAAUGCGGGUUUGGGUAUAAUUCAGAAUCCUGGUGUUUCGGCAAAGGAACCUUUCUUAAGGCAUACCAUGCCGACAAGAGGGUGUGGGAUGUACCUCAUCCCUCUGGUGGCUUCAGUAGAUUCGGGGUGUAUCUGGACUGGCCUGCUGGCACAUUGUCCUUCUACAGAGUCUCCGGCCACACACUGAGUCACCUGUACACCUUUCGCACCACAUUCACUGGGCCUCUUCUCCCAGGCCUCUGGGCUUAUUAUGAUAACAACUAUGCCUACCUGUGUCCAGUUGAAUUCUAAAUGAACUGGAUUUAUACAGCGCUUUUCCAGUCUUUACGACCCAUCAAAGCGCUUUUACAUUGGCACCCAUUCACACACAUUCAUAGAGGCAGAGGCUGUCAUACACCUGCUCAGUAGCCUGAGUUCACACACAUCUACACACAGUCGGCCAUUCUUGGUCUGCCUAAAGUCUAAAAUGGAAACCUAACAUCCCAUUUUAACUUACUUCACAAAAUUAAAAAUGCAUCCAAACCCAGAGGGACAGGGACUUUUUUUUAUUAUUGCUUUCUACAAUUUAGCGUGUAUGAUUAAGUAUUCUGGGGAGUGGUGUUCACUGUAUUCUGUUUAGAGUUCCCAUCCAUUAACAUUGUGAGCAGUUAUUGUCUGGUAUGAAGCGGGUAAACCUGUUGAACACCUGAGAGGUCAACAUUUCCCAACUUCUCCCACUAAGGCAAUGAUGAAGAACUCUUAGCUUCUUGGUCGCUCUAAAGUUUGAAAUGGCAACCUAACAUCCCAUUCUAACUUUAACGUGCUUCACAGAAUCAAACAUUCAUUCAAACUCAGAGGGACCAGAAGAAAUGAGGAUAUCAAAAAGUGACUUUUGUUUAUCAGUAAAUGUUGAUUUCAUCAUCUUCUCAAACUGUUUAAAGCCGAUGCUUUACGAACAGUUGAACAAUAUUUCUUCAUAGGAACUUUCUAUUGUAGUAACAUAUACUCAAGCGUUAUAUAUCCGGCACUUGCUCUGUCAAAACUGAUGUUGAAAUACAACACGUAUAAACAUAAUGGGGGGAAAAUAGUUGCUUAUUUUGUUGAAUUUAUGUUCAUUAUUUUAGGACAUAAGGUUCUUCAAGAGCCGGUUGCUUUUGCUUUGUCUUUUUUUAAACAGUAUUUUAAAGUGAGUUAUAUUUAGAGAAUACAAGAGGAGUCUUUUCUCUCAUGAAAGCGGUGUGGGUUUUUCUGUUCAGGACAAGAUCAGACAUGCUUUAUCAACAUUAGAAUGAUGAACUAUGAAAUCAUAGUUUAAGUGAAAGACAAAGAAUAUCUGUUUUGUUAAAUGUAUCAUUUUGAUUAUGUUGGGAAUAUCCUAUCGCUUAAUUCAGCAUUUGUUUAUUUCCUUCUUUGUGCAGAACUCAUAGCUCAUGAAUAAAAAGCUGCAGAACUUGUUUUGUUUGAGAGAAUCACUGUUAACACCAUUUAGUUGGAAAUAUUGCUGAUGGUUAUAAAGAUGAAGCAACAUCAGAUUCCUGUAACACAUCUGGAUAUGUUCACUCUGUGCUUGAAUAAAGUUGAGACCUGACUUUA